AGAGAGAGUCUGUCUGUGUAUAUGUGUGUGUGUGUGUGUCUGUGUCCUACCCUGGGAGAAGCUCCAGGAAAUAGCCAGGAUAUGCAGUUGGAAGAUGGAUGGAUGAUAUUAUCAAUUACUUCUGUUUAUAAAUGUACAAGUUAUACUUUUAUACUUGUGUUUUUAGCCUCCUAACUGUUAAUUAUUGAGUAAGUCUGAUGUGAGCAGAUUUUUACAUUUAGCCUGUACUUAUCACAUUUAUUACUUAAUCACAUCAUACUUUGUCACAGAUCUUUUCCCCUACAAUGAAAUCAGAUUUAAAUAAAGUAACUUGGUGGACUCACACCCCAGUGAGUCAUUCCAACACAGCGUCCCAUCAACAUUUCAUCGCAUUUCAGCACCAGGCCGGAAUGCAUCCUCGAGGAGCAUCCAUUGUGCUCCAUUUGUGUUGCAUUGUGCGCGUGUAUUUCAGGAAACAAUGGCAGUUUGGAAGCUGGCAUGUUCUAAGCCACAGGAUGCCGCUGGACGGCCUGGUGUUCGGCCUCUGGGAGGCUGACAGGAAUGCAGCACGGCCGAUAGGAUCGGUGCCCGGAAAAUGCGACGUGGCCCUCUAAAUAAGCAGGCAGCCAGGGGCUCUCGGAACCUGGAGAGGACAAGUGGGCGUGGAGGCUGGUUCUUGGGAGGCUCCACCCCAAAAUGACACGACAACAGGCUCCUCUGGCCAGCAGAUACGGUGCUGUGAGGUAGGUGGGGCGUUAUCUCAGCGGUGUUUAAGAUAUGGAGCAUGCGCUACAUCGGUACGAAGCCAGAAAAGGCUGGACUUUGGUCCCAUAUUGACACGGGCAGUAGCUGCGACGGGGGUAUCACAGGGCAGCUGUCAGGACUGCGUUUCAUACCCAAAAUCAUCCCCAGAAGCCCGACCCCUGGCUUUGGAUGCUGCCGCUGGGGUCUCCGUGACAACGAGAUGGGACCCCCCCUCCGCAUCCUUCUGAUAUUGUGCACAGCAGGGGCACUGGCUGAGGUGCAGCUGGAUCCCCAGAUGGCCACAGUCCUCAGAGGGGCCAACGCUACCUUCAACUGCAGCGUGGACCAGCAGUGGGUGGUAAUGAUCUGGCUGCUGAACGGCAAUGUGGUGUUGACUGUGACCAAGGACUAUGGAAUCCUGUCCAACGACCCGCGCUUCACCGCACUCAACUACAGCACCGACACGCUUUCGAUCUGGGAGAUCAAUAUCCUGGGUGUGAAGCGCACCGACAUGGGAGAGGUUACCUGUGAUGUGCAGAACAUCCAGAAAGUAAAUGCCCAGCUGUCCGUACAAGUAAGUGGGACAGUUCACAUCACUGACAUAAACAAGACCGCUACACAUGGAGAGCUGGCCUACUUCCAGUGCAGUGCCCUGGGAUGGUACCCUGCACCCAUUAUAUCCUGGACUGAAGGGGGCAGCUUAGCCAGUGCGGACAGCUACAACAUCAGUAUCCUGCCGGUCGGACAGGACCUCUUUGAUUCCACCAGCACGCUGGGCAUCGUCGCCAGCAACAGCAUCAGCGUGACGUGCCUGGCUGCAGUGCCCGCCCUGACCACUCCUCUGGCGAGCAGUGCCUUCCUCACUGUCGAGGCCCAACCGCAAUACAUAAACCUGACCGUGGUCAUCGCCGUCACCGUCACCGUGGGCGCCGUCUUGCUGCUGGCCAUCAUCAUCAUCAUCGUUGUCUGCUGCUACUGCCAAAGGAAAAAUUCCACACAUUCCAGAUACGAAGACGAGAUGAGGAAGGCACAGAGGGACAGAGGGCAGGGUGCAGACAACCUGGGCUACUCCGCCGACAGCCGCGCGGGUGCCGCCAAUGGCCAGCUAAAUGACAGUGUCGCGUCCCAGUCUGCUUCCAUCAACGGUCUCCCGAUUCCAAAUGCUGUCCGUCCCCAUGACGCUGACAGCCCCGGCAACCUGUACGCACAGCACAGCGGCAUGAAGAAAGCUCGGUACGCCACCAUCGUGUGAGCGCCGGCCCACCGGCGCGAGGGCGCCCCCACCUGGAAGGGGCAUCUUACUGGAGAUGAAGUGCCCUCUUGCUGUAUGAGUGACAUCAGCAGGGUGAAGGAUCUCAUCAUGAACAUUCGGUGCGGCUCGGAAGACAGAAUUCCCAGGAACUGUCCGCAGGGAGAACACCUUAACAAGUACUUUAUUUUUAUAUUUUUAAAAACCCUAUUUUAUUAAAUCUCUAAUUGCUUUUGUUGUUUUUUUAUUGUUGACAUUUUUUCUGACAAUCCUUUAAUUAUAAUGAUAUUUCACUA